GCUACACUUACUGUGCACACCCUGUCGCACAAUUGUCAUGGCCCCGUCCCCUCUUCCUCGACUCGGCAUGAUGCGGAGCAUGGCGGACCAGUGACGGCGGUUGAGGCUCCGCGCUUCGCCCCGGGUUGCGCCGGGCCGCAGCGGGGAGAAAAAUGGGAAGGCACUACCGUACGUUGUGCAACCACCACCACCGCCGCCGCCGCCGCCGCCGCCACCACCACCACCACCACGAGGCAACAACCACAAAUCCCGAGCCGAAAGCUGAGCUGCCCCAACAAUUUUGCUUCCCCCGGCAGUUGGUCAAGUCUCGUUGGCAACCGGCAACGACGCUUGAAUGCCCUCUCCAUCCCACCGCUCGUUUUUGUCAUUCUUUGUCUCCUCUUCAUCUCUCGCCCAUUCUUUGCCAGGGUCCUCGCAGUAGGUCUGUCGUUGCCGAUUCCACACGACAUCCAUACGUACCGACCGACCCGCUCGCUCGGCCUUCGCUUCUGCCCCUCCCCCACCAUUCAUUCCUCUCCGUCCCUGGACGACACGCCCGCGCAGGUCGACCCAAUCGACGACAGAGAAACGGACGGACGGACGCACAGACAGACACGGGCACAGAGUAUAGACGCACGCGCUGUGUAAAAUCAAAGCAGGAUAUACCAGCAAUGGGCGAGCUCAUCAACGGGCACGGCAGCGAGGAGCUAUGGCGGCAUCCCGACCACGCCUCAACGCCCAUGUGGGACUUUAUCCAGCGCGUCAACGAGAAGCACGGCCUGCAGCUCCACGGCUACCCAGGCCUGUACAAGUGGUCCGUCGACAACGUCUCCUCCUUCUGGGAGGACGUCUGGGACUUUGUCGGUAUCGUGGCCUCCGUCAAGGCCAAAAAGGCACUCCCCGAUGAUGCGCCCAUGUUCCCCCGCCCCGAUUUCUUCUCCUCGGCGCGCCUAAACUUCGCCGAAAACCUUCUCUUCCCGCCCACCUCGCCGCCCAUCGACCCAUCCUCACCCGCCGUCAUCACCACCACCGAGCUACCGGGCGAUCUGCGAUCCACAUCUUGGGCCGAGCUCCGCGAGGCCGUCCGCCGCUGCGCCAAUGCCCUCCGUUCCGCUGGCCUCGGUCCCAAGGACGUCGUUGCCGGCUACGUCUCCAACCACGUCGAGGCUAUCGUUGCCAUGCUCGGUGCGGCCUCCGUCGGCGCUAUCUGGACCGGCAUCAGCCCCGACAAUGGCGUCUCCGCCGUGCUCGACCGCCUCGGUCAGAUUGCCCCCAAGGUGCUCUUCGCCGACAAUGGCACCGUGUACAAUGGCAAGGAGUGGUCCAGUACCUCCAAGACCGCCGACAUCGUCGCCGAGCUGAGCAAGUCCGGGCUGCAGACCGUCGUCGUCAUCAACAACAUCAAGAGCGACCUAGGGCUCUCCGACCUCGAGGCCCACGGCGUCAGGGCUGCCGCCUAUGACUCGUUCCUCGAUGGCGCUCCGUCCGGCGAUCUCGUCUUCGAGCAGCUCCCUCCCUCGCACCCGCUGUACAUCCUCUACUCCAGCGGCACGACGGGCCUUCCCAAAGCCAUCAUCCACACCGCCCUCGGCACUCUCAUCCAACACAAAAAGGAGCACCUGCUCCACUGCUCGCUGUCGUCGUCGUCCCGCAUGCUCUACUACACCACCACCUCGUGGAUGAUGUGGCACUGGAGCAUCGGCGCGCUGGCCGCUGGCGCCACCCUCAUCGUCUACUCGGGGUCUCCGUUCCGGCCAAACUCGCACCUGUCCCUUCCCCGCGUCCUCUCCGACCUCAAGGUCACUCACUUCGGCACGUCGGCUGCUUACCUGACGGCCCUAGAGGCCAACGAUGUUCGCCCCGUCCGCGGGGCCGACAUUGACCUGUCGCAUCUACAGGCCAUAUACUCGACCGCUUCCCCCUUGCCCCCGUCUACGUUUCGCUUCGUCUACGAAGCAUUCCCCAAGAGCGUGAACCUGGCCUCCAUCACGGGCGGCACGGACAUCAUCUCUCUCUUCGGCGCCCCCUGCCCACUGCUCCCCGUUCGCACCGGAGAGAUCCAGUGCGCCGGCCUCGGAAUGGACAUUCGCGUCGUCGACUCGGUCACGGGAGAGCAGGUUCCGGCGGGCGAGCCUGGUGACUUGGUCUGCGUCAAGCCGUUCCCCUGCCAGCCCCUCACCUUCUUCGGCGGCGACGGCGACGCCAAGUACAGGGCGGCAUACUUUGAGCGGUUCGAGGAUGUGUGCGGCGUCAAGGGGCCCGUGUGGCAUCACGGCGACUUUGUCAAGAUCCCGGAUCCAGGCACCGGCAGCCUGGUCAUGCUGGGCCGUUCCGAUGGCGUCCUGAAGCCCGCGGGCGUGCGUUUCGGCUCUGCGGAGAUUUACAACAUCCUCACCAGAUUCUUCGCGUCAGAGGUCGAGGACGCCGUUUGCGUGGGCCGCCGCAGGGCGACCGACAACGACGAGACGGUCUGUCUCUUUGUCGUGAUGGCCCCGGGGAAGACGUUUAGCGAGGAGCUCAAGGCCAGCAUCAAGGCCAAGAUACGGGGCGAGCUGAGUCCCAGGCACGUGCCAGGCGUCAUCGGGGAAUGCGGCGGCGGCAUCCCCAAGACGGGCAAUGGCAAGAAGAUCGAAGUCGCCGUCAAGCAGAUUCUCUCUGGCAUGAACAUCAAGACCAACGCCAGCGUUGCCAACCCCGAGGCAUUGGAAUGGUUCAAGACUUGGGCCGCGGGCCACUGAUGCGGCGGGGAGCGUCUUUGGGACUGCGAGAUGCUAAACGAUACAUGAAGGGCCAAGAAGAAAAGCUGCUUCGCGGCGGGUGUGGAAACGCGAGACGCGAGCUCAUAUUGGGCUCAUAGAUGCCGGAACGCUUAUGACGACGUGCCUUGAGCGUGCGAUACUACUCUAUUGGAUGAUAGGACGUUGAAAAUAGACUUGAACAAGGGGAUACGAAGUUUUUGUCCGCCUCGUAGACUAGUGGUCGAAACCAAAGUAGCACAGCCAAUUCAGAGGGGAGUGUUGACCGCUUAAUCCUGGG